UCCGGGUGCCUUACUGCAGGUCUAGCUCUGCAGCUGAGCAGGCGUGAAUGGUUCCAUGUGAAUUGCUCUGUGUGCUGCCGUUUGGUGCGGUGAGGAGAGCUCCGGCAAGCUCUGCAACCACAGCAUGGAAUCAGACCAGGCAGACUUCGAACAUAGAGAUCCACCUGGCUCAAGAGUUCUGGAGGAUGCAGUGACCUUUGAUGAUGUGCAUGUGAAUUUCACUUCAGAAGAGUGGGCUUUGUUGGAUCCUUCCCAGAAGAGUCUUUACAAAGAUGUGAUGCUGGAGACCUACUGGAAUCUCACUGUUACAGGUUACAUUUUGGAAGACCAUAAUAUUGAAGAACAUUUUCAAAGUUCUAGAAGACAUGGAAGACCUGAAAGAAGUCAUACUGGAGAGAAAACCUAUGAAGAUAUUAAGUAUGGUGAAGCCUUUAUAUAUCACAGUAGUCUCCAAAUACAUAAAAGAAUUCAUACUGGAGAGAAAUUUUAUGAAUGUAAGCCAUGUGGUAAAGUCUUUGCAUAUCACUGCCAUCUUCGAAUACAUAAAGGAAUACAUACUGCAGAGAAACUUUAUAAAUGUAUUCAGUGUGGUAAAGCUUUUUCAGAGCAUAAUACUCUCCAACGACAUAGAGGAACCCAUGCAGAAGAGAAACCCUAUGAAUGUAAUCAAUGUGGUAAAGCCUUUGCACGCAAUAUUAGUCUUAAAAAUCAUGAACGAACUCAUAUCAGAGAGAAAACUUACAAAACUUACAAAUGUAAUGAAUGUGAUAAAGCCUUUUCACAUCACUCUUAUAUAAAAAUACAUAAAAGAAUACACACUGGAGAGAAACCGUAUGAAUGUAAUCAGUGUGGCAAAGCUUUUGCAUGUCUCAGCAGUCUCCGAAUGCAUGGAAGAACACAUACUGGAGAGAAACCCUACAAAUGUAAUCAAUGUGGUAAAGGCUUUGUAAGUCACAGUCAUCUUAAAAGACAUAAAAGAACACAUACUGGAGAGAAACCCUAUGAAUGUAAUCAAUGUGAUAAAGCAUUUUCAGACCACGAUACUCUCCGAAUACAUGAAAGAACACAUACUGGAGAGAAACCCUUUGAAUGUAACCAGUGUGGUAAAACCUUUAAAGUACACAGUCAACUCCGAAUACAUAAAAGAACACACACUGGAGAGAAGCCCCACGAAUGUAAUCAAUGUGGUAAAACCUUUGCAUGUCCCAGUACUUUCCAAAAACAUAAAAGAAUACAUACUGGAGAGAAACCCUAUGAAUGCAAUCAGUGUCUUAAAACCUUUGCACAUCAUAAUCGUCUCCGAAUACAUAAAAGAACACAUACCGGAGAGAAACCCUUCAGAUGUAAUCAAUGUGGUAAAAUCUUUUCACAGUCCAAUAGUCUCCGAAUACAUAAAAUAACACAUACUGGAGAGAAACCCUAUGAAUGUAAUAAAUGUGGUAAAGCCUUUCCAUAUGACAGUAGUCUACGAGUGCAUAAAAGAACACAUACUGGAGUGAAGCCUUAUGAAUGUAACCAGUGUGGCAAAGCCUUUGGAUAUCACAGUCAUCUUCAGAGGCAUGAAAGAACACAUAUUGGAGAGAAACCUUAUUAAUAUAAGCAAUGUGGUAAAGCCUUUGUAUGCCACAGUAAUCUUCAAAGGCACAAAUGAAUUCAUACUAGAGAAAAACCUCAAGAAUAUAUUUAAUAUGGUGAAGGUUUUGCGUGGUUUUAUAGUCUUUGUCAUCAUAAAAGUACACAUGCUGGAGAGAAAUUUUAUGAAUGUAGGCAAUAUGGUAAAGUCUUUGUGUUAUGGGGCCCACUUAGACCCAACACAACUAAAAGACCACAUUAAUGCUGAUGACAGUUUAUUAUAAUCAAGCCAUUACUGAUCAAUCAGUACCAUAGAAUAUACUUAGGAGCUGAACUUGAACCCUGAGCCAGAAAUGUACCGGGGUUUAAAGCUUGAAAACCACAAACAUUUGUGCCAAGCUAUAGCAAUGUUUUCCUACCAAUCAGAUAUAGGACUUGUUCCUUAUGUAGUUGAUCUUUGUCAACUGAUGCAGAAUGUAGGUUUUUACAGUCUAAAAAUUAUAUCCAUUUUCUCUUUGUGGUUAGAAACAGGCAUUGUGUUUUGGGUAACAAAAGAUGUGUAACAGCUGAAAUCAGGGACCAGACAAGGCUGCCCCCUUUCUCCUUAUCUUUUCAAUAUUGUACUUGAGGUACUAGCUCGGGCAAUUCGACAACAUAAGGAGGUCAAAGGGAUACAAAUUGGAAAGGAAGAAGUCAAACUAUCAUUAUUUGCAGAUGACAUGAUAGUCUACCUAAGUGACCCAAAAAACUCCACUAGAGAACUCCUAUAGCUGAUAAACAACUUCAGCAAAGUGGCAGGUUAUAAAAUCAACUCAAGCAAAUCAGUGGCCUUCCUAUACUC